CUUGCACCGCCACAUACUUAAUAACGUGCUAGUACAGUAAACAGUCUACAAUGUCAUGAAUGAAUUUGUAGAUAGACGUCUGAUUUGAAUAACCAGCGGUUGUGAAGAUUUGUUGUGAUUUGAAGGAGUUUACGCAUCUCAACACAUGACUGGAUGUACUGUUGACUGAAGGCACUUGAUGGAGCACAAAAGAGAAGUUAUUUCGUGUGGUCUGCAGCUGAAUAAUGCUCGUUCAGUGACAUUUCUGCUGUCCCUUUAAACACACAAUUUCGGAUUAUUUGUAAGCCUCUGCAUUUAAGCCCAGCUGUCAGAGAUGGACGGCAUUGGGAACAGCAUGCAGAAGAAAGCUGCCGAGCUGGAACGCUUGGCCGAAGUCCUCAUUACCGGAGAGCAGUUACGGCUGCGACUUCAUGAAGCUAAGGUGAUUAAAGACAGGAGGCAUCAUCUCCGCACCUACCCAAACUGCUUUGUGGCCAAGGAAAUUAUCGAUUGGCUAAUUGAGCACAAAGAAGCAUCUGAAAGAGAAACUGCCAUCAAGAUUAUGCAGAAACUUCUUGACCAGAGCAUUAUUCAUCAUGUUUGUGAUGAGCACAAGGAGUUCAAAGAUAUGAAGCUGUUCUACCGUUUUAGGGUAGAUGAUGGGACCUUUCCACUGGAUAACGAAGCCAAAGUCUUCAUGAGAGGCCAACGCAUAUAUGAGAAGUUGAUAAACACUGAAAACUCGCUGUUACAAGUACGUGAUGAGGAGGAGUUGACAUACGAGCGGACGCUAGUGGCAUCAGAGUUUAUAGACUGGCUGCUGCAAGAGGGUGAAACGGGCACCAGAGAGGAGGCUGAGCAGUUAGGACGCAGACUCCUGGAGCACGGCAUCAUUCAACACGUUUCCAACAAGCAUCAUUUCAUGGAUGGUGAGCUGCUUUACCAAUUCAAAAUGAAUUUCCGCCGGCGGCGGCGAUUGCUGGAGCUGUUGAACGAUCGUUGCCGUAGCAUCCCGGAGAACCAUGACAGCCCGUUCUGUCUGCGCAAGCAGGCCUCCGAAGGGGGAAACACAAGCUUCCUCUCAGUGAGUCCCACUAAAGAGAUCAAGGUGGUGUCGGCAGUGAGGCGGAGCAGUUUGAGCAACAGCUGUGGCAGCAGCGGUUACUAUAGCAGCAGCCCCACCCUCAGCAGCAGCCCACCUGUCCUCUGCAACCCCAAAUCAGUGCUGAAGAGACAAGUGAGCCCAGAUGAACUUCAGGCUCCUGGUGGACUUUACAUAAAGAAGACAUUCACAAUUGUGGGUGAUGCAGUAGGCUGGGGGUUUGUGGUGAGAGGAAGUAAACCCUGCUACAUUCAGGCUGUCGACCCCGGGGGCCCGGCUGCAGCUGCGGGAAUGAAGGUGCGUCAGUUUGUGGUGUCAGUUAAUGGACUGAGCGUGCUCAAUCUGGACUACAGGUCUGUCAGUAAUCUUAUCCUCACUGGUCCUAGAACAGUGGUUAUGGAAGUUAUGGAAGAAGCAGAAUGCUGAAGACAAGAUCUCUCUCUCUCUCUCUCUCUCUCUCUCUCUCUCUCUCUCUCUCUCUCUCUCUCUCUCUCUCUCUCUCUCUCUCUCUCUCUCUCUCUGUGAGAGGACAGGCAGAACUCCCCCCUCUCUCCUAUAUAAAUUCUCUGUUGCGCUGGUGUGCUCAGAGAUGAGUGACCUCUUGAUUCUGUUCUUCGUUUUAAUCCAAACCAUUCGUUUUGACACUAAUCUAUGCUUUGACAUUCGUGCCUCACACUGGCUCUUCAUCGACUGUUACUGGUCCAUGACUGCUGAGACUGUAACUGGACAUAUUUUCUGAGAUCAUGUGAGAAAGCAACUGCCAAAUAUUAUUUUGUAGCAGAUUUUAUUUAGAAUUGUAGCAAGUAAAACACUUGUGGUGGUCGAGACAUGUCAGUUCACACAUACUGUAUACUAAAAAGUAAUAUAUUUGUGCCAUUCAGGUAAGGGCAGGGCACAUUGCUCUUUUUAACUCUGUUUUUCUUCAUUUAAAGGGUACCCCGACUAUACACUAACAUUAAAUAGAUUAAUAAUGUCAAUUAACUCAGAGGCCGCCGUUUUGUUUACACACAAUACUUACCUUAAAAAUUGUGUAUAUAGACACAAUACAAUGUGUUUGCGUGGUUUAAGUUUCAAAAAACACAUUAUUUUCCACAUACCGUACAAUUUUGUAGCUCCAGAUUUACCUGUCUUCCUGAAACGCUCUGAUUUUGUACAAAACUCACGGAUUUGAAAAGCUAUGUGUCCCUGAUUGGCCACCUAAUCUGUACGUUGUGAUUGGUCUGAAUAGCUCUGACAUCAGCCAGAAAUGUGACGCUCCUUACCAUGUUUGAAAGAUUCAGUCACAAUGCAAUGCUAACAGGAGUUAACUUACAGGCUAAGUCCGAAGCGGGAGGAAUUAUGAGAAUGUUAAUCUUGUCUACAUCACCAUUCCCAGGAAGUAAAUUGUUGCCUACAAUGCGUGUGUUUGUUGUAGUCCAAGAAAAGAGAUUAAUGUUGGAAAGGAGAACUCGCAUCAUCGUUUACCUUGGGAUUUGUACCUUUUGCAUAUUGCUAACAUGUACUAACACACACUUACACACCAAAGGAAAUGUAAAAUCGUGAAUCGGACGAUAGUUACAAGUAGAUUGUUAAAUGAAGUGAAACAGAAGAUGAGAGUUAUAAAUGCACACAGACAGUAUGUGGCAGUAUGUGGUCCUGACACCUGCAGUCAUUUAAAAUACAAAAACCUGAGAGUAACAUAAAUGCUGAACAAUAGAGUAAACAUACAAAUGAAAAAUGAUCAAAAUAAAUGACGAUCUGAGAGGUGGGAGUAAAACAUUCUCACAUAAUAUAGUUGUAUUAUAGUUAUAUUAUAGUAUUUACUAUAGUAAACUGUAGUAAUAUUUUGUGACAACUAGUAAUGAAAAUAUUUGAUGUGUUUCUAUCCCAAAUAUAAAGUAUUAAAGCACACAAGUCUUCAUAGUCAAGGUACCCUUUAAUGUUUUAGAGAGGCUGUGAUCUAUAGACAGUAAAUGUUCAGCACUUGCUGUGUCAGGUAUUUUUGAUUUGGUUUUGAUUAGUUUAAAAUAACUCCCUUAUAUUUCUGCCAGGCCAAUUGGCACUUAUAAACUAAUAUACAGAUUUGACACAUUCAUUUAUAUGCAGGGGACGACCAACAACAGCACUUACAGACUUUCUUUUAGCUGAAACUUGAAUGUUUAAAUCCUAACGCACAUCUAAAAGAUGCUCUUGUAUUGUGUCUCAGUUUCUGUUUUUCAAGUGUGUUGUAUAUCUAGCUAGUUUUUAUUCUCUAUUUGCCCAUUAGGCAACAAGAAGGCAAUCAAUGUAUAAUGUUCCUAUAUUAUUACACAAAAUAAUAUGGUUUUGUGUAUGUGUUACUGUUCUAACAUGACAAAUAACAUUUUAGAAUAGACGCAUAUUGUGUUUAUACAGAUGUAAUAGAGUAAAGAUCAAUAAAUAAAUCAACACAAUCAUCAUACUUGCUUACUAAAAGUAUGUAGUUAAAGGAAUUAUUGACUAAUUGAAAAAAUACAGUAGCCUUGUCCUGUACCGUGUGUGUUAAGAACUUCUAGACGUGUAUUUUGUACAAAUACAGUACAAACAUUGUGCAGGAAUCAAGAAAGUGUUCAUCUUUUAUAAUCUAUAGUGUGUAUUAUACAUUAUGACACAACUGAAAAUGUUAAGUAAACAUUUUAGGCGGGAUGGUAGUUUUGCAAGAUGCUGUGUACUCAUUUGUAUUAAGGACAAUAACACAACUACACUCUAAUGAUCUUUUAAUUAUACAAUAUGUUUUGUGCAUAGAAUAAGUACAACAAUAAGCUUGAAUCUUCUGCCUUAAUGACUCACAUUAUGCUGCUAAUGCUCACAGCUGGUCACAACUUUACUUAUCAUACAAUACAUACUGUACCGUGGCCUCUUUUAAAGGCUGUUUGUUGGUGAAGAUUUCCGGGUGAUCUUGACAAUCAGCAUCCUUUUGUCUGAGUAGUCUGUUAAAUACGGAUGUAAACGUGCCACAUGUACCCUACCGGCAGGAUAUAAGCUAAUCGGAUGGUUCUUACAGUCUGUUUUUUUAAUCGCUCAUUUGUUUUAGGUUAAUAAGAGAGAAUUUCAUCCGAAACUCACUUUGAUGCAACUGAGUUCAAUGCAUGUCUAUUUGUUUGUUUGUUUUUGUGAAUGGAGGAGACUCCCGGUACCGUAUGUGUAUUUCUCUGUGCAGCUCUAGAUGAAAAUUAAUGUCAAUUUGAUUAAUGUUUUAUUAAAGAUCUUGAUUUCAUUUCAGAA